UGUCUGUUUGGAGAUUAUGCCACGGAAGUCGUGCCAUCCAACAUCCAAUAGACAUAGAUAUGUACUAAAUAAAUCCAAUAUUGUUUAACGUGUUUAUAGUCCCUUUAGGGCUAUUUAAUCCACGCACAUAUACAUGAGCUGUGAUAUUAGAAGAAGGAAAUUACGAAGAGCACGGGAAGGCAUCAGGCAUCCGGGACAACAAGUUCCGCAUUAUUUCUACACUUUAAAGACAUAUAUUUUGUGAUGGAUUCACAGUCUCCGCCAAAGCCAUGGGAAAGGCGUAUUCCAGGGGCAAUGAGUGCACCUAUAAAUUACAGGUCUACAAACUUUGGACCAUCUGCAGGCCCCUCUUUAUCUGCAGGCCCUCCUGUUCUGACCAGAAUGGUGCCCCCAGUGCCCCCUCGUCCCGUCCAGCAGGGCUACCGCCCAUCCUACAGUUCUUUCAACUCCUCUUACAGCCCCUAUGGGAGCUCCAUCUAUGGGGGGUACAACCCCUACAGCUAUGGUGGUGGCUACGGCCUGGGAGGUUACAGCCGCCUCCCCCUCACGGAGGACGUUGCCCCCAGCCGGUUCGUGCAACAGGCUGAGGAGAGCAGCCGCGGUGCCUUCCAGUCCAUCGAGAGCAUUGUCCAGGCCUUUUCCUCAGUUAGUAUGAUGCUGGACGCCACCUUUUCAGCUGUGUAUAACAGCUUCCGUGCUGUGCUGGAUGUAGCCAAUCACCUAACACGGCUGCGUACACACCUCACCCGAGUUUUGUCAGCCUUUGCUCUGGUACGCACCUUGCGCUACCUCUACCGACGGUUACAGAGGCUGCUGGGGCGAAGGUCAGACGCUGAGGUUGAAGACUUGUGGGCAGACAGUGCAUGUGAUGUUCUGGCUACAAGUGCAUCCAGAGGAAUUGGAGCAGGGAUGGAGGAUCAGCCCGUGAAGUCCUGGCCAAUCUUUCUGUUUUUCGCUGUAGUCUUGGGGGGACCCUACCUUAUCUGGAAGCUGCUGAGCUCCAGCCCUGGCUCUGAAGAAAACGCCACUAACUGGGCUAGCGGGGAGGAUGACCAUGUAGUGGCCAGAGCAGAGUAUGACUUUUCAGCUGCAUCUGAGGAGGAGAUUUCUAUGCGGGCCGGAGACAUGCUGAACCUUGCCCCUAAAGAGCAACAGCCCAGGGUUCGUGGCUGGCUACUGGCCAGCAUGGACGGUCAGACCACAGGACUUGUCCCAGCCAACUAUGUCAAGAUCCUUGGCAAGAGGAGAGGCCGAAAGCAUGCAGAGAUGGAGAGGCUUGCUCAGGUCCAGCAAGGCAACGCACAGGCCUCCCAGACAGCCCUUGCUGCACACCCACAGUUAAAUCCUGCCCAAGGCUUUACCCCGGGCCUUCGUUCAGCCUCCGCCUCAACUUCCUCAGAGGAGCUGCUAGAGUCAGUGUACACAGAAACACCAGCUUCCUUCAGUCUGGGAAGCUCCAACUCCAGUAUGCCCUCCAGCACCGCGCUAAACAUCCCUGACAAAACAGACUUGUGAUGUUUGUGCAUGUGUGCACAUCUCUGUAUGCAAGUCUGUGCGUGUUCUUAACAUUGGUUGGCUCAGUCAGUGCUCUAAGUAGUUCCCAGGCUCAUCUAUAAUGAUUCAAAACAUCAAACACACAGGUUUCCUUCUGUACUGUUUAAAACCAGUGUGUCUUAAGUUAGGAGGUUAUUUCUUUAGUCAGAGCUUGUACAAGAAAGUUUUGUGUAUUCUCUAUAUAUGGUACACUGCUGUUCUUAGGAUCAUGUCUGAUGUAAGAUGUAAUGUCUUGAGAUUGUUCAUUAACAGUAUUUAGUUCAAUGUUUAAGUUAAUGAGGUGCACUGACACAUCAUCUGUAUAUUGACAGUGUAAGGACAAUGCCAGGGUAUUUUGGUUGAUAAUGUAAUUAUGUAACCUUGUACUUGGUUUUGGCCUUCACUUGUAUUCUGCUUGGUCUGCUGUAUAUCUUCUUUGUGAGGCAAAUGGGAUUGGAAUUAUUCAGAAUGAGAAGGGGCUAAUUUUGCACAUUUUCAACAGUUCCUUAGUCACAAAGUAAUUUUGUUAAUAUUUAAUACAAAUUAUUUUGAAAAUAAACAUGAUCAAAAAUCA